AUGGAAAGUGAAAAAAAAAAAACUUUUAACAAGGUAGAUAAAUCAAUUGUUCCUUUUCAUAAUACAACCUUUUUAAAUAUAAUAGAAAAUUUGUGGAAUCUUUUAAAUGUAGAAAAAGAAAGUUCUAUUGAUUUGUUCAACGAACAAAUAUAUACGUUCCUAAAUAAAAAAGCGAAAAUCAUAUUUGAAAAAAAGAUACUACCACAUUUUAUUACAAAUGCUUGCAAUGAAAAGAUACUGGAAAAUAUAUUAUUUGAAAAAAGAAUUAACAUAAGAAAUAAAACACAUAAAAAUAUUAGUGAAUUAAAAAGAAUUACAAAUGAAAAUGAUUUGGAUUUAUUAAUAGAAACUAAUCAAAGGAUACACAGCAAAUAUCAUAUGGAUCGGAAAAAAUGUAAAGAUAUACUUUUAAUAUCCAAACCAGCAUUUUUUAAAAUAAUCACAAAUAUUGUAUGUAACAAUAAAAAAAUAUUAACAUCAUCAAAUUUAUAUAAUAAUACAAUAUAUAAAACUCUUUCGUAUAUUCUAAAAAAUACAAAUAAACAAAUAAAUAAAAAUAAAAUUUAUGAAAAUAUACAAACAACCAAACAUUUUAUUAAAAAUGAUUAUUUGUUGAAAGAAGAUUAUGAUCAUAUAAAUAAUUCAUAUACCUUAAAUGAUAUAAUACAUAAUUCCAUAAUACAAUUAUCAAAGGGGAAAAGUCUACAUUACAAACAUGAGUGUGGAAAAAAUAAUAAGCAAAUAAUAGAUUAUUUAGAUAAGAAUAAUUUAAUCAAAUAUACAAAGGAAAAAAGAAAUAUAUCAAAUACACAUAUACAUGAAAGGAGAACAUUAUAUAAUGAUCCUGUAUAUAUUUUAAAAAAAUUUUUAGAAAGAGAUAGAAACAUAUUAAAAUAUGAAGACAUGUGGAAAGAUAUCAAUGAAUAUACAUUUCAACCAAAUAUUCAUAAAUAUAUAGAUAUAGAAUAUAAUAAGGAAAUAAAUAAAAAAAUUAAAAAAAAAGAAAAUGAACAAAUAAAGGACACACAAUUGAAUAUAAAAAAUAUUUUUAAAAAUAAUGAAGACGUCAUGUAUAAUAAUGUCUUGACAUAUAUGCAUAAUGAUGAAUUUAGUUCACUUGAAAAAAAUGAAAAAAACAUCAUAAGUGAUGAAAAAUAUUUGGAAUUGUUAUAUCAAAUUUAUGGUACUCAUCAGGCAAAUAACAAUGUAAGAACCAUAAGAAAAAAAUCGUAUAAUGAAUCAAAACCCAUACAUAGAAUAAACAGAUAUAUGUCAAGAAAUAAUAAAAUAUUAAAUAAUCAUGCUUUAAAUAAUAAUGUUUUAAAUUACUCCUCAUUGGGAAUUCCAAAAGAAAAAAUUUUAAACAGUACUCAUAACAAUUAUGGAAAAAAAAAAAAAUGGCAAAAUGAACUUCGAAAUGGAUAUGAUAGAAACAAUUUUAAUUUCUCUCUACAUGAUGAAGAACAAAUAAAGAAAGAAUGUGAUGAAAGAAAAAAAAGAAUAAAUUCUUAUGACUGGAAUAAACAUAUAAGGUUAUAUGAACGAGGUUUAAAAACGAAAAUCAUACAAAAUUAUGAAUUAUAUAAUAAUAUUAUAUCAACAAAUAUGAAUAAUACAAAUAAAUAUAUAUCAACAAAUAUAAAUGAAUAUGACAAUUAUUAUAAGGCAUCAAAUAAUACAUUCAAAAUAAAAAAUAAUAAUUUUGAUACGAUAAAUAUGUGCCCUCUUACAAUAUCAUAUAAUAGUAUACCUACUCCAAAAGUAGUUACAAUAAAAUCAAAAGAACAUGAUAUUUUAGAAAAUAUAAAAAAGGAAAUAUUAUCAUUACCAAAGUCAGUUCAACUCUUAUAA